CCGACACAGAUACAGAUACAGACUUAUCCAAUCAGACCAAGGAGACAAUUAAUUGCUUUUCGGGAAUGUUUGUUGGAUCCAUUCACGGAUUUCUCUUCCGAUUUCCAAUUCAUUCUUGAAAUCCCCAUCUUCAUCAUCUGUUUCUGAUGAAUUUUUGAAACCACAGACUGAUUUUUGAGACAGAGAGAUGAGCGCUGAUCAGGAGGUGAAACUCGACGACGAACAGCUCGGAGAGCUCCGGGAAAUAUUCCGAUCAUUUGACCGGAACAAUGACGGCAGCUUAACCCAACUGGAAUUGGGUUCGUUGUUACGAUCUUUGGGUCUUACACCUAGCCCUGAUCAGCUCGAUGCAUUGAUACAGAAAGCCGAUACCAACAGCAACGGUCUUGUGGAGUUCUCGGAGUUUGUGGCGUUGGUGGCGCCGGAGCUCCUUCCGGCGAAGUCUCCUUACACCGAUGACCAACUGAGGCAGCUGUUUAAGAUGUUUGAUAGGGACGGUAAUGGGUAUAUCACGGCGGCAGAGCUGGCUCAUUCUAUGGCGAAGCUGGGACAUGCGUUGACGGCGGAGGAGCUGACGGGGAUGAUCAAGGAGGCGGAUACCGACGGUGAUGGACGGAUUAAUUUUCAAGAGUUCUCUCGGGCGAUCACUUCAGCUGCUUUUGACAAUUCUUUUUCCUGAAACAACUUUUCCGGCCAUCCAUAUCCUUAUUUUCUCUUUUCAGAUGAUCCUUGUAGGUGGUCGAGAAACAGGCUCAAAUCUUCCAUAUGAAGGCUCGUUCGAAUUUUAUACAUAAACCAUUGCGAAAAGGUCGUUUGUUUCAUUAGUAAGCCACUUGUUGUGCAGAGAUGAUGAUAGAUUUGGUGAACUUGAGGAUGUGGUUCGAAUAAUUUGUGUUUGGCUCGAUUUCAUUGCUUGCAUUGUUGCUAAUAAGCAUCAUAGCCACUUUUGGAACCAAAUGUUUCGACUCAUGAACUCCCAUUUCACGGUCACGGUUUUGGCGUCCGUCUAUUUUGAGACGGAAAACCGAUCAAGUUGUUUGCAUCUUCUUCGUUUUGUAUUUUUUUUUUAAUGUUUCAUAUGAUGUAGAUGUUUGUCA